CCGAGAUGCAGACGGAUCCCGAGGGCACAACCGCAGGGCUCUGGUGGAGCGCUCUGAAACAUGCGAGUAACUUGGGAAAAAGUAAGAGCGGCCAGCACGGGCUGCUCCUUCCAACCCCUGGUUAUCCGAGGUUCUUCGUGAACAUCGGACUACACUCAGAGCGGCAGAGAGAAAAUGGCGCAAAUCAAACGAUCUGUCGGACCUCAGUAGGUACCAGUCUAUGCUCACAUCCUUCUCUGCUAAAGUCCACACUGCCAAAUCCUCACAUUUCCGCAACAAGAUCGACAGCGCUCCAGACAUGCGUAAUCUCUUCAGAACAUUUAAUUCCCUCCUCUGUCCCCCUCCACCUCCUCCCACCACCUCUAUUACAGCUGAUGACUUUGCCACUUUCUUUACAGACAAAACUAGAUCAAUCAGUGGUCAGUUUUCACCUCCACGCACACAGGACCCUCACCCUACCACAUCCACUGCUAAAACUCCCAUCUUUUCUUUCUGUCCACUCACUGAAGCUGAAGUAUCCAAGCUUCUCCUCUCCAACCAUCCUACAACAUGUCCUCUUGACCCAAUCCCCUCACACCUUCUCCAAGCAAUCUCACCCACACUCUUACCUGCACUCACACACAUCAUCAACACAUCCCUACUCACAGGUAACUUCCCCAUUGCGUUCAAGCAGGCUCGGGUAACCCCACUGCUCAAAAAACCUACAUUAAACACUUCUCUUAUAGAAAACUACAGACCUGUCUCUCUCCUUCCGUUCAUAGCGAAAACACUUGAACGAGUUGUCUUCAACCAAGUCUCACUGUUUCUUUCACAGAACGACAAACUGGAUGCUAAACAGUCAGGUUUCAGGAGGGGCCAUUCAACUGAGACUGCGCUUCUCUCGGUCACUGAAGCCCUGCGAAUUGCAAAAGCCCAUUCCAAAUCAUCAGUCCUCAUUCUGCUGGACCUAUCUGCCGCUUUUGACACUGUCAAUCAUCAGAUACUCCUGUCCACCCUCUCAUCACUGGGCAUCUCUGGCAUUCCACUUCGCUGGUUUGAAUCCUAUCUCACUGGUAGGUCUUUCAGGGUGGCCUGGGGAGGUGAGGUAUCCAAAGCACAUCAACUGGUCACUGGGGUUCCUCAGGGAUCAGUUCUUGGACCCCUCCUCUUCUCCACAUACACUACAUCACUGGGUCCCAUCAUACAGGCACAUGGAUUCUCAUACCAUUGCUACGCUGAUGACACACAGCUCUAUCUCUCUUUUCAACCAGAUGAUCCAACGGUAGCUGCAAGGAUCUCAGGUUGCCUGGCGGACAUCUCGGCAUGGAUGAAAGAACAUCACCUGCAGCUCAACCUGGCAAAGACUGAGCUUCUUGUCCUCCCUGCCACUCCGACUCUACAGCAUGACUUCACGAUCCAGUUAGGUUCAUCAACAAUAACCCCAUCAACUUCGGUCAGAAAUCUUGGUGUAAUCUUUGAUGAUCAGCUGACCUUCAAAGACCACAUUACAAAAACUGCUCGAUCUUGCAGGUUUGCACUAUAUAACAUCAGAAAGAUCAGGCCCUUUCUGACAGAGCAUGCUGCACAACUUCUUGUCCAGGCCCUUGUCAUUUCUAGGCUGGACUAUUGCAAUGCUCUUCUGGCUGGACUUCCGUCUAACACAGUCAAACCUCUACAAAUGAUUCAGAAUGCAGCGGCGACUGGUCUUCAACGAGCCCAAAAGAGCCCAUGUUACACCUCUCUUUAUCUCCCUGCACUGGCUACCAAUCACGGCUUGCAUCAAGUUCAAGACACUGAUGCUUGCAUAUAGAACAACCACUGGCUCAGCACCCGUUUACUUGCACUCUCUAUUAACAAACUACAUCCCCUCCAGAAAUCUGAGAUCUGCUAGUGAGCGACGCCUCGUGAUACCAUCACAGAGAGGCGCAAAAUCACUCUCUAGAUCAUUCUCAUUCACCAUUCCUGGCUGGUGGAACGAUCUUCCCACCUCUAUCCGGAAUGCUGGAUCCCUGUCAAUCUUCAAGCAACAACUGAAAACUCAUCUCUUUCGACAGCACUUGACUUCAUCCUAAACUUAAAAAAAAAAUAAAUAAAAAAAAAAAAAAAAUUAUCUUUACUUAUUCCUUCCUUUGGUAGUUUGUAUUUAUUUGAACAAUGCCUGAGACUUGGUGUUGCAAGCACUUCGUAUGUCUGAUUGCCUCUUCAAGAUUAAUCGCUCUAUGUAUUCCCCAAUUGUAAGUCGCUUUGGAUAAAAGCGUCUGCUAAAUGACUAAAUGUAAAUGUAAAUAACCGGCGAGAGAGAGAGGUCAGAGCUCAAAGACUGUCAGUCAGACCAUCUACUGAGAUCUGAUCUGACACGUCUCGGUAAGGUCUGAUCAUAUCCAGUCUCCUGUCUCAAUACAUCCAGCAUUUAUAAUUAAACCUGCUACUGCAGGUGCCAUUCUGAUCUUGACCGGAUCCUGAGGUGACUUAUAUUCUGGGAGAUCUGAAAGAGAUUGAAAAAAAGAGUUGGAUCUUGGUGCAGCAAAGCAGGACAGGUCUUUUUGAGGUCUUUGAUUCUCUUAUUUACUCUGAAUGAUUCAUCAGUGCAAGUUAUUCUAAAGAAAUAAGAGACAAUUUCAGCUGACACUAUCAAGUUAUCAAAAUGCUCAAAUCACUUACGGCACCUUUAAGCACGCUGAAUCAGACAUAAAAAAAUCUCAUGACAUCUCUGCACAAUCCUGACGGACAGUGUGAUUUAUUCUGUUAAAGUGCAGUCCACAAGAAGAGCUUUUUACUGCCAAUCAGUCAUUUAAAAUAAAUAAAUAAAUAAAAAUAACACUGGCAUUCAGUCAUUCAUUCAAUAACCAUUUAUGUAAUUCUGGAAUAAAAGAGAAGUUACAUGACUUCAAACAGUGCAAUUUAGAGCCUCUUUGAGAAAUUUUUUUCUUUUCAUUUCUAGCCAGCGUUGAGGGAAAUGAAGGUUUGUUUGAGCAGACUGUAAGGGUGUUGAGCUCCGGCACCAGUGCUCUGAAGUGUCUGCCAGAAUUAGGAUGCUGAUUCCUUGAGUUUGCGAGGUCUGCAACAUGUAAUAGUUACACAACAUCUGGUGGUUUGCUGUAAUUGCUGUCUUGAGCGUCAUUGCUCCACUCUGGCAAUUCCUGUGUCUCUGCCAGCUUCUCUGGCCCCUUUGAAACCCAGCUUCAUUACUGUGGGACCCGAGAGUCAAAGACGAAUGCCCUCGCCACUCAGAGACCCUCAGAAGAGCGGGUCUGUGGGUCUGUUUCCGUCAGGAGUGUUUAGUGUUGUCGCUGCAUCACUCUGAAUGCAGUCAGCUCUCAUAUUUAACCCCUCAGUGCAGUGAUUCCCAGACAAGAGUACGUGCAGGGAAUAUAUACUCUA